CGCGUCGCGCGCCCGUGAUCAACCGACAGCCGGGUCGCGCGCGCUGCCGUGACACGGAGGGACGCCGGAGCGAGUUUCAGCGCUCGUGCUCCGGCGGAUCCAUGCAUCCAUACGCGCCCGUCCAACCCAGGAGAGCAGAGCAGCAGUAACGCGCUGGACUAAUCCCUGACCAGGCUGGAAAGGCUCACCUGGCCCGAUCCCUACCUCCCGACGCAGCAGUAGCACCAACGAAAGCCCCCACACCUGCGGGCCAAGAAUCUACAGCGAGAGGGACAGAGGGAGUACGAAUGCAAGUGGUGGCAUUAUCCUCGGGUUAAUUGCCCAAAGAUUGCAUCUUUCUAUGCCAGUACAAUUGCAUUAUUACACGGCUACACCCAACCAAGAUUCUCUCUCUCGCUCGUCCCUUCAUCCGUGACCGUGAGAUUAGUUAUUGAUCGAGCAUGUGGUCUGGACUUUGGAGGAUGAGAGGUGGAAGCAAGGAAUGUUUAGUUUACUGUUUCUUGCGGCCCCUGGAUUGGCUUCUUGUUUCUUCAAUCAAAGUUUUCUCCUUUUUUUCAUUUUCUUCUGUUGUUAGGGUGCUAAUUUAUCCCUAAUACUACCGCACCUUUUCCCCUGUAACUACUGCUGCUGCUCUACUGGUACUUGUACCGGCGGCGGCGGCGGCGGUGUCUUGGCCUCCUGGGCAGUGGGCACCUUCCCCUCUUCCUCCUCCGGUCCUCCCCUCCUCCCACUGCUCUGCCUCCCCAUCCUUCCCUUCACAUGGGUUUGGUGCUGUCCAUGGAGUGGUGCCAAAAUGGCAGUCAGGCUCCGUCGUCUUCCUGCGCUUCAGGGGCUUCUUGCGUCUGUGGGAGGAGCGGCGCCGCGCCUGAGCCGACAUGGUUGUGAUCCGUGGCGGCAUUGACGACUGCUGCUGAGCUUGCUGUCCCUACUGUGCGCCUGUGAGGAGCAAGAUGCGGCCUCUUGCGCUUGCGAUGGUUCUUCUUGCUUCGGUUCUUGGAUCCAGAGGUACUACUCUGGCUCUUCCUCCUGCUGUUACUGAUUCUCCUGCAGAUCAAGGACAAGCUUCUAGUCCUCCUGAACCUGCGUUUGCUCUUGGUCCAGUAACUCUUCCAACAGCACUGUCUACUCCGUCAGUAAGCCCUUCCCCAGAGAAGGGAGCUGUUAGCCCUGCUGCACCCACCGAGCCGCAAAAUGCUCCGAGUCCAGUAAUUCCCCCUAAAGAAUAUAAUGCACCUCCUCCAAUUGAGGUUGCACCCCCUGAUCCCACUGAUGAGGUUCCUCCAUCAGUAGCUCCUCCACAAGCUGCAGUUGAAAAUCCCACUCCAAUACUUCCUGGAACACCUGCAUUGCUACCUUCUGUUCAGGCUCCUGCUCCAUCUGUUGGCCUCAAGCCUAAUCCACCAGUUGUGCCACCUUCCUCUGUGAACAAUCAACCAAACAGGCCUGUUCGAUCAGUCCCUCAUUAUCCACUCCCUGCAUUCCCCCCUCCGGGUAAUGACGUUCCACCAUACGCACCUACAGGAAGUUUUCCUGCCAUUCCUCCUUCCGCUUCAGUUUCACAUGUAAAACCUCCGAUCUUAUCGCCUGUUAUUGCACAAGCACCACGACAGCAGGCAAAGGCUCCAAGUAGUGAGCAUAAGAAUGGAAACACGGUGCCCCGGGCAAAUAGAUCCCCUCCUGCAAGUCUCAAGAACCAUCAUGUUCCACGUGCAUCUCCUCCAAAGGAAUCCAGUGGUCAAACUGUCCCAGUUCAUAAAUCACCAAAUGCAGGAUCCACGCCUGCAACAAGUCCUUUGCCCCAGAACACAAACAUGCCUUCAAUUCCGAGGAAUGCACCAUCAGUUUCACAUGCCCAACCACCACCAAGUGUAGCUCCUAAAUCAACACCCACUAGAUCUCAUGCUCGGGGAUGGAAGUCCAAUAAUCCCAAGAAUGGAGCAAAUCCUUCAUUUGCCCCAUCUCACCCACCAUCUCAUGCUCAAGGGCCCAGGGUCUCACGAGCUCCAAGGCACAGUGGGACUAAAAGGCAAAAUCACCAUGCACCUCCACCAAUGCCUCAAGGGCAUCCAAACUUUCAUGUACAGUCCCCAUCACCUUCAUCAGUGUCAUCAAGGGGUCCCACUAAUGGUGAAAAAAGGCAUCAUAUUUCUCCUACUCUUCCACUGACCCCUCCCCAUCCAGAGCCAAAAGCACCGUCAGCUCAUCCUAUUUGGGCAUUACCUCCACCACCACCUAAUUCUGAUUGCAAUGCAUUAGCAUGCCCAGAGCCCCUAACAGAUCCACCUGCGGGAGCCCCAUGUGCUUGUGUUCUACCAAUCAAAGUUGGAAUUCGUCUAAGUGUUGACCUUUAUUCAUUCUUUCCGUUGGUCUCUGAUUUUGCUAAAGAGGUAUCGUCUGGGGUAAACAUGGCCGUGAGGCAGGUUCGCGUUAUGGGUGCAAAUGUGGCUGGUGAUCAGCCUGACAAGACAGUGGUUCUUGUUGAUCUGGUACCAAUGCAAGUGAAAUUUGACAAUGCCACAGUGCUUUCAGCAUUUGAAAGCUUGUGGAGCAAUAAAGUUUCCCUAAAACCAUCAGUCUUUGGGGACUACAAGAUUCUCUAUGUUGUAUAUCCAGGGCUUCCUCCUUCUCCACCUUCAGCUCCGGAAAGUGUUGGCGACGGGGCAUUUGGCAACAACCGAAAUGCAAGAGCAGUGAAGCCUCUCGGGGUUGACGUUGGCAGGCCCAAAAGAAAAAUUAAUGGCAGCCUAGUUGCUAUUGCUGUCUUGUCUUCUGUUAUAGCAUUGAUUAUUUGCUCUCUGGCUGCAUGGUUGCUGAUACUCGGAUUCAGGGGUUCGGGUGACAUGGCUCAAAGAUUUCCACAUAGUGUGCUUCCUAAAUUUUCCAGGUCAUCUGGGACAGCUCACACACUUUUAGCUGGUCGCUAUAGUUCACCUUCAGGUCCAUCUGGAUCACUAGGCUCAAGCAUCGCAACAUAUGCAGGACAGGCAAAAACAUUCAAAUUUGUUGAGAUUGACAAGGCCACAAAUGGCUUUGAUGAUUCAAAAGUACUUGGAGAAGGUGGCUUUGGAUGUGUCUACCAGGGCACACUUGAAGAUGGAACAAGGGUUGCAGUAAAGGUUCUGAAGAGAUACGAUGACCAGGGUGAGCGAGAGUUCUUGGCUGAGGUUGAGAUGCUGGGACGUUUGCAUCACCGGAAUUUGGUUAAGUUAUUAGGCAUCUGCGCAGAGGAGAAUGCACGGUGUCUGGUAUACGAGCUUAUUCCAAAUGGCAGUGUAGAAUUCCAUUUGCAUGGAGCAGACUGCGAGACAGCUCCGCUUGAUUGGAAUGCCCGUAUGAAGAUAGCCCUGGGGGCAGCGCGGGCACUUGCAUAUCUACAUGAAGAUUCAAGCCCUUGUGUGAUUCAUCGCGAUUUCAAGUCAAGCAACAUUCUUCUGGAGCAUGAUUUCACACCAAAAGUGUCAGACUUUGGACUAGCCAGGACUGCAAGGGGGGAGGGGAACCAGCACAUCUCCACUCGUGUCAUGGGAACAUUCGGCUAUGUUGCACCGGAGUACGCCAUGACGGGGCAUCUCCUUGUAAAGAGUGAUGUAUACAGUUAUGGAGUUGUGUUGCUUGAGCUCCUCACUGGUAGGAAGCCUGUGGACAUGUCUCGUUCUGCAGGGCAAGAAAACCUAGUCGCGUGGGCUCGGCCCCUUCUAACAAAUGUGGUGAGCCUACGCCAAGCUGUCGAUCCACUUCUUGGGCCUAAUGUACCACUGGACAAUGUAGCAAAAGCAGCUGCCAUCGCUUCAAUGUGCGUGCAACCUGAGGUCGCACACCGCCCCAGCAUGGGCGAAGUAGUGCAGGCCUUGAAACUUGUCUGCAGUGAGGGUGAUGACGGUCUUGGAUCGGGAAGAUUUAGCCAAGAGUUGCCAGCUCAAACUACAGCAGUUUAUGACGUAACUGGCAUGGAAGCGGAGAGGGUGCUAUUAUCUGAGAUAUUUGGCUCGACACCUGUCUUCACUCCAGCUGCCGAUUCAGGUUCUUUCCGCAAGCAGUCCAGCUCAGGCCCCCUGAUGACAGGCAAGAACAGGAAGUUCUGGCAGAGGUUGCGAAGCUUGUCAAGGGGGAGCAUGAGUGAGCAUGGUGUCUCACCAGAUUAUGAGACGCGCUCACAAUAUAGCGGUAGGUGAGUGUUUUUUGUUCAGCUUCCAAUCUUGAGAAGACGGGUAUUCAGUUGAUUGGAAAUAAAAGAGUUUCAGGCUGAGCUCGUGUAAAUUAUGCAUUUGGAGAUAAAAGCCAUAGUUCAGGAUCAUCAGAGUACCAGAGUGGAGCUUCGGUUGUGAUAUUGGAGGUUUGAUCUCUGCUCAGAUGUGAUUCUACCUUUGGAUCGAUCAGUUACGUACUGCAUAUGUGACCAUACUCCUGAAAGCCUGAUACCCCCUCGUCCCUCUACAGCUUGCUAGUUUGAGUUAUUUGAGUUCUGUUGUUUAGUUAUUUUUUUUAUUUGUGCCUAUAUUUUGUUUGAUCAGCUGUGGUCGGUAGGAUUGUUGAUGUAUAGAUUCAGACUACAUUUCUUUUGGCCUUGUGAAUCUGAGUAACAUUUGCUGGAAUGAGGAUGGUAGCUUCUUGGUUUUGACUUC